CAGCUUUCGUUUAACUUCAACUUGAAUCGCGACCUACCAUCACCUCACACUCGCCAUGGACGGCCCUCCUCCCCCAGAAGAGGACUUCUCGUCCAUGACCAUCUCCGAACGUCUCUCUCACAAAAACUGGAAAGCUCGUGUCAGCGCUUACGAAGCCCUAGUAAAAACCUUCUCAACCACCGCAUCAGACGAUGAUCCUGCUUUCAAACCCUAUACAAACAACCCCGAUUUACUUAAGAAGAUUGUAACGGAUUCGAAUGCGGUUGCUCAGGAGAAAGGUGUAGAAUGUCUAGUGGCUUUAGUGAAGUUUGCAGGGGAGAACGCUUCGAAGACUAGGGAGAGUGUAGUUCCUGCGUUGGUGGAUAAGUGUUUUGGGUCCUCAAGGACGGGUACCAAGGCGCAAGCAUUGGAGUUGGUUCUUCAAUAUGUUGAAGUCGAAAAUGGAGGCACGGGGGUAAUGAAUGACAUACUGCCUGGUUUAUCCGCUAAACAGCCAAAGACGGUCGCUGGGUGUGUUGUAGCUAUCAAGGAGAUCGUUCGGAUUUUUGGAACACAGAAUACUUCUCCGCCUCCCGUUCUGAAAGCCCUUCCAAAAAUUUUUGCUCAUACAGAUAAGACUGUACGAGCAGAGGGAACUGCUCUGACGCAUGUGUUAUACCAAUACCUGGGGCCUGGGAUCGAAUCAUGGCUGAACGAUUUGAAGCCUGUGCAGGUCAAGGAGUUAAAAGAGGCAUUCGAAAACAUGGAGAAGGAGGGGAAGGGAAAGGGCUCGGUCAAACCGGAGCGGAUGACGAGAGCGCAAGCCAGGGAAGUAGAGAGCACUGCUGUUAAUGACAGGGAUAAUGUGGAGGAAGGUGGUAGUGUUGAUACUGGCCUUGGCGAUGAACCCGUCGAUCUUGACCCACGAGCAUUUGCUGAACCUGUCGAUAUCGUUCCAAAGCUUCCUUCCACUUUAUCGACAGCGCUCAUGUCUGCUAAAUGGAAGGAAAGAAAGGAGGUUCUAGACGAAUUAAGCACGUUACUGACUUCAACACCACGGAUUAAAGAGGCACCUGAACUUGGAGAGGUCGCUAAAGCACUUGCAACCAGAAUACAAGGAGACGCCAAUAUCAAUUGUGUUAUGACUGCCGCUUCGUGUAUGGAAGCGCUUGCAAAGGGAAUGAUGACUUCUUUUGCCCGAUAUAGGGAGACCGUGGUUCCCCCGAUGUUGGAGAGAUUGAAAGAACGGAAGGCGAACGUCACGGACACUAUCGGGGCCGCUCUUGAUGCCGUUUUUGUAUCGACCACUCUUGCCGAUAUCGUACCAGAUCUCAAGCCGGCCUUGACCUCGAAGAACCCUCAAGUGAAGGAAGGAACAUUGAAGUUCUUGCGUCGAUGUCUCUCCACAGCAAAGACCCCAAUCCCCUCGCCUGAGAUCAAACCUCUGGCUGAUGUUCUUUCGACUUUACUUGAGGACAGUUUCGAAGGCGCUCGGAAUGAGGCCGCAUCUUGUAUGGGAACAUUAAUGAAGAUGGUCGGAGAAAGGCCUUUGAAUGCGGUAAUUGAAGGACUCGCGGACGUUAGAAAAGCAAAGAUUAAGGAAGCCUAUGAGAAGGCGACUGUGAAAUGUAAGGCUGGUGCUGGCGGCGGUCCGCCAAAGGCAGCACCUCCCAAACCUGCGGCAGGAGCGGCGCCGAUGAAGAAGGCUCUUCCAUCCAACAAACCUCCAGUUGUCGCACGGGCACCUCCAAAACCCGCAGACACACUUGGUGCGGAAGAACUUGAGCAAACAGCGCCCCCAAAGAAACCUCUCGCUAAACCACCCGCUAGACUUUUGAAGGAAAAGAUUACUGGUGGAGGAGCAGCGGCACUGCCCGCCGCAUCCGCAACCCCAACCGCGAAGAAACCGCCGCCUGCUGUCGCCGCCGCGAAGUCUACCAAAGCAGCUCCACCUACAGCUCCAGGUGCACUCGAUACUUUCAAGUACAAACACACUCCUGAAGAUGCUGAGGCUCUUGCCACCGAUUUGAUACCUGCCAAUAUUAUGACCGAUCUCACGGAUGCCAAUUGGAAAACUCGGUUAGCAGCUUUGGACGAAAUGACCCCUUGGCUGGAGGGGAUAGUUGAUGAUGUAGACGCUGAGAUAGUGAUUCGGGCGCUGGCGAAGAAAGGAUGGGCCGAGAAGAACUUUCAGGUGUCCACGAAGAUCUAUGGGGUGUGUGCUCUAUUGGCGGAGAGGUCGAAAACAUUUGGGAGAUCUUGCGUUGCACUUUGUGUGCCUCAUCUGAGCGAAAAGUUGGGCGAUAUGAAGUUGAAGAAGCCUGCGGGUGACACACUUCUCCUUUUUGCCGAGAGGACGUCGUUACAGUUCGUCCUCAACCAAGCCUACGAUUCACUGUCAAAGCAGAAGGCCCCAAAAAUGUUGGCAGACGCAAUCACUUGGAUCAAUUCCGCACUGACCGAAUUCGGCAUUGCGGGAUUGUCUCUCAGGAGUAUGAUCGAGUUUCUGAAAGCUGCACUCCAAAACUCUAAUGCAACUGUCCGAACAAGUGCAACCAAAACUUUAGUGACGCUUAGGCUGUUUGCGGGAUCUAGUAUAAAGGACCUGUUGGAGGACCUUAACCCCCAAUUGUUGAAUACAAUCACAGUCGAGUUCGAUAAAGUUGAGGGAACUGAGCCCCCUGAGCCAAUUCGUGUUUCUGCAGACGUGGCAGCGAUGCCGACGUCUACGCCUACUUCGAAGGGUGGUGCAAGCGGGGGUGCAGAUGCUCUUGAUGAGUUAUUCCCACGCGUCGAUAUCGACGCUUUGUUAAAGGGAACGACAAUUCUUGCGGACACAAAGAGUGAUGCCUGGAAAACUAAGAAGGAAGCACUGGAGGCACUUCAGGCCAUACUGGAUCAAGGAAGUAAUAAACGGCUGAAGCCGACAAUGGGUGAGAUAGCGCAAGUCUUGAAGGCACGAGUGGUCGACACGAACAAGGCCGUCCAAACACUGGCUCUGGAUAUCGUUGCUAGAAUCGCAACAGGCAUGGGCAAGCCUUUCGAAAAGCAAAAUAAGUUUUUCGUUUUACCUAUAGCCACGGUAUUGGCCGAUCAAAAGGCCCCUAUUCGCAAUGCUGCCCUUCAAACUUUGACCGCAAUUGCUAUUGCAUGCGAGGGACUGGAUUCUAUGAUCCCAGGUCUUACAUCUGGAUUAGAGACUACCAACCCACUGCAGAAAGGAACAUUACUAAAAUGGGUUGUUGAAUGGUUCAAGGAGCACGAGUUGUCAUCAUCUCUAGAUCUGAGCAAUUGGACGGGACCGGUCGUGAGCUCGCUCGACGAUCGUAAUAGCGACAUUAGAAAAGCCGCGCAAGCCAUCCUUCCUACUUUGAUAGCAUCUGCAGGCUUCGAUUUUGUUAUGCAGCAGACCAACUCACUGAAACCAGCAGCUCGCAAUACCGCAGUCCCCCUGAUCCAAGCAGCACGUCCUACGCAGGCAGCAAUCCCUGUUGUAUCAGCCCCACCGCCAGCGGUCCCUCCAGUGAAGGUAAAACCUCCCACUCCGUCCGUUGUCCAGCCACCUGCACCCAGUCCCACGGAGGAUGCUGCCCCGAGACCUCCAGCCAAUAAAUUGACAGGCGUCCGUCGAAAACUGCCUUUGGGCAGUAAUCGACCGGAAUCUAGAGCCGAGACGCCCGUCGAAGCUCCUGCGACUGCUGGAGCUCGUGUCGCCAAACCUCCACUGGUAGGUCUGAAACGCCCUGGUACUUCACUGCCAUCCUCCAAAGCAACUUCAACGGCCCCAUCUCCAGGUCCUUCCUUACCUCUGAUCGGCUCGAAUUCCGAAGCUCGGAAAGGAAGAUGUGGUAAAGACACCAAUCGCUGGAUCAACGAAGGUGGCCCCACUAGAAAGGAUCUAGCUGAUCUUUUACAAAGUCAGAUGGAGGCCCACACUUCGAAGGAGCUGUGUUCGCGUCUAUUCAGUCAUGACCACAAUGCCAUCAACAACCAUAUCGCUGGAUUAGUUAUGCUCUGCGAGACAUACAACGCUGCGCAAGCCGGAGACGAUGCUGCUGAAGCCGUGUGUCUAGCCAACUUCGAUUUUCCGCUCAAAUAUGUGUCAAUGAAACUUCAUGAACCCCAACCCAACCUAAUUUCUAAAUGCCUUGAACUGGUCGAAGCCGUAAUCGCUUUUCUACGUCACGUUAACUACCAGCUGACAGACAACGAGGCGCUUUGCUUCAUACCUACUGUGAUACAUAAGUUAGGAGAUGCUCGUGAACAGGCAAGAGUUCGCGUGCAACAAAUAAUUCAGUCUCUGCCAAAGAUCUACGCGUAUAGUCGAGUAUUUCACCUUCUCCUUGAUCACGGGCUGAAGUCGAAGGUAGCGAAGACGAGGCAGGGUGCUCUGGACGAACUAGGGAACUUAUUGAAGAAAUACGGGAUGACGGCCUGCGAGCCAACGAAGGCGUUCCCCGUCGUUGCAUCAAUGAUCUCCGAUAAAGAUUCUGCAGUCCGAAAGUCAGCUUUAGGGACAAUAAGCGAGGGUUACGUUCUUGUCGGCGAGAAAGUUUGGUCAUCAGUAGGACCGCUGGCACCAAAAGAUAAGACUCAAUUGGAAGAGAGACUUCGACGAGUUGCAGGACCCAGUGGUCAAGAGAAAGCUGAAGCUCCAGUACCCUCUCAGAUCAGCCGCCUCGCAGGACCGAGUAGUGCUAGACCAUCAUCUCCAGCUUUCACCUCUAGGCUUGGGGGAGUACCUCGACCGGCUAGCCCUGUUGUCUCUGGGCCGUCUAAAACGGGAAGACCGACUUCUCCUGCUCAUGAUCUUCGCUCAGAUUCACCCACACCUUUAUCCAAUGUACGAACAUCGUCUCCGUCGCGGCCGCCAAAAAUGCCUGUUCCUUCUCAUCCCACUGUUCCUCCUUCACCAACCACUGCCAAAGGCUUUCAUAGUGGUCUACCAUCCCGGCUUGGUCGACCGCGCACCCACCUCUCACAACCUGCGUCCCAGAUUUCUCUGCCUCCUCAUGAUCCCGAAGAAAACGCAGAUUAUGGACGCACAAAUGAACCUGAACUCCCCGUGGCCCAGGCCGCAGGACCGGAAGAUAUCACGUUGACGAUCUCGAGUAUCCUGAGCAGCGACCCCAUUCGAAGUGUGGAUGCUCUCAAAAAAGUUCAGAGCAUUUUAAAUACAGGGGCAUCUGGCGGACCACAAUACAGCGAACUAGCGGAGCACACUGAAGGUCUUAUCGAAACCAUUACAUUGCAGAUGGCCCACAUUUUUGAACGUCCAGAAGCGUUAGCGCAUGAUGAAAACUUCAGGCUUGCUAAGCAUCUGAUCCAGACUUUGAAUAAUUUCUGUGAUCAUCCUGUGUUGGCAGAGUCUCUCACCGUUGACAUCUUGACGGCGCUUUUGGAGGAAUUAACGCUUCGACUUCUAGAGACCGAUGACAGCUCUGUCAAACAGGUGAAGGAUCUCUCUCGUUUCAUAAAUAUGAUCAUCUUGCGGAUGUUUGCCAUGGGCAGGAGAAUGUCAAUAUUCCGGGCACUUUUCGCAUUGCUCUUACAAAUUGUAAAGCCGUUCAUUCACAAUGGGGUAACAACUGAAUCGAAGGAGGCCAAAGUUGCCGAACUUGUUCUGAAAUGCGUCUGGAAACUCGCUCGAAGUAUUCCGCAGGAUCUUACAGAACAGAAACUCGACCCCGUAGAGCUAUUCCCUACAAUCGAGCAUUUCCUACAGUCCGUGCCUCCAAACGACUGGAGAGCGCGCGCUACCAAUAAAAUUCCUUGUGGCGAUAUGCCCUUGAGGACAAUCAAAGUAAUCAUUCAACACGUUGUUGCACAUUAUGGCGAUGAUGUCUACGACCUUCUGUCCGCUGCCUUUGACGACCCGUCUGCUACAAUCGUUUAUCCAUACGUGUAUCGAAUCCUGAAUUCGAGUUCCCGAGGCACGUCUGACAUCCCUUCCAACCGUAUCGGAGGUGAAGCGUAUCGGCCAUCUCGACCGUUGUCUACAACCUCCAGUCGCGCCAUUUCUCCGACUGCUUCCUCUGCGUCUGCUAGCCAUAGAAAUUCAUCUCCCGGUCGACCCGACUCUUUCAAUGGUCAUAAUAUAUAUUCGCCCCCCUCUGAGGAGCCCGAUCCCGAUGCACAGUUGCUCACAAUAAUUGGGCAUAUAUCGAGUGAAACGACCGGCGCACUGCAUAAAGAAGGUAUCACCGAACUACACCAGUUCCUCAAGGCUUACCCACACAAAAAACCGCGUGUUGACAAGCUGCUCGAGUCCACAGGCGCUGCCUUCAGGAAAUAUAUCAAUCGUGCCCUCGCCAGUCGUGCCGCUGAGGAUGAGGAGAGAAAUGCUGCAGUUGGAGACACCUUAACUAAACUUGAAUCAACCCGAAAUGCGGACCCAUCAUCCCCUCAGCAACCCGAACCAUCACCUCGAUCAUCCCGGUCAGUCAGACGACCGAGUCCACCGCUGCAGCCUGACGCUGAAGACAAACUUUCACGGUUGCAUAAUAUCUUCCAGUAUCGGUCAAGCACGUUGAGCAAUGGCUCUUCCCAGGGAGAGUCUUCGACCCCACGGACUUCUUUCAGCUAGUGGCUUCUUCUUAAUUGAUUCUCGUUUCUCUAUCUGACUGUAUCUACAUGCUGUAUUCCGUACCUCGCACCCAAUUGCAUUAUACACAUAGAACCUCAUUGUAUCCAUGUCCCUAAUACUCAUCCGCACUGUACCCAUCAUAUCCAAGGCAACGC